CACCCUCUUGCGUUUUAGCUCUCUUUCAUUUCGUAUGCUCCUCCUUCGUCUUAGAUUUUCUGAGAUAUUUCUUUUCACUCUUUAAGAGAAAUGGCUAGUUUGGUGCACAGCAGGUUACGUCCACGAACGGGGCCAAAACCCGUUUACACAUCAGAAGACGAUAUGGAUGAAGACUUUGUUCUCGAAGAAACAGUCGGAAGUAAAGAAGAGGUUUGUCCUCUUGGCGAGGUUGAAGCAAUUUUGGACCGUGAAUUGCGUCCUACUGCAUCUAACGAUCCGGAUUCUUCUGACAACGGGACACCAACCCAAGUUUUUGUGAAACAAUAUUUUGUGAAGUGGAAGGGAAAAUCGUACCUGCACUGCUCUUGGGUGCCCGAGCAGGAAUUCGAGAAGGCUUACAAGUCCCAUCCUCGUUUAAAAUUAAAAUCAAGGGUGGACAAAUUUAACGCUGACAAGGACAAAUUCAUCGCUGAGAACGGAGAUGAGUAUAUUGCCAUUCGUCCUGAGUGGACAACUGUUGACCGGAUUAUUGCUUGCCGGGGAAGAGGUGAUUUUAAGGAGUAUCUAGUUAAGUACAAAGAACUUUCUUAUGAAGAAAGUUACUGGGAAUCAGAAUCUGUCAUCUCAAAGUUCCCGAACGAAGUUCAAAGGUUUAAGGAUAUAAACUCUCGCUCUCGUAGAGAUAAAUAUGUCGGAUACAAGAGAAAUCCAAAGGAAUUCAAAGAGUUUGAUCAUACUCCUGAAUUUCUUACAGGCACAUUGCAUACAUACCAGCUCGAAGGGCUGAAUUUCUUAAAGCAUUCAUGGUCCAAGGGAACCAAUGUAAUCCUUGCGGAUGAAAUGGGACUAGGCAAAACUAUUCAGAGCAUUGCCUUCUUGGCUUCUUUGUUCGAGGAAAACUUAUCUCCUCAUCUAGUUGUUGCUCCUCUCUCAACCCUCCGUAACUGGGAGAGGGAAUUUGCCACCUGGGCACCACUUAUGAAUGUGGUUAUGUACACUGGGACUUCGGAAGCACGUGAUGUUAUUUGGAAACAUGAGUUCUACUUCCCUAAAUGGCGUAAAAUUAAGUUUGAUGUCCUCCUCACGUCGUAUGAGAUGAUUAACCAAGACACAUCAGUUCUGAAACCAAUCAAGUGGACGUGCAUGAUUGUUGAUGAAGGCCAUCGGUUGAAAAAUAAGGAUUCAAAGCUAUACUCUUCAUUGAAUCAGUUUACGAGUAAGCAUCGUGUUCUGUUGACCGGAACACCACUUCAGAACAACUUGAAUGAACUUUUCGUUCUCAUGCAUUUUCUUGAUGCGGCCAAGUUUGCGAGUAUGGAGAACUUUCAAGAGGAGUUUAAGGAUAUAAAUCAAGAGAAGCAGAUUUCAAGACUCCACCAAAUGUUGGCUCCGCAUCUGCUCAGAAGGUUAAAGAAAGACGUGCUCAAGGAUAAGAUGCCCCCAAAGAAGGAGCUCAUUUUGCGUGUUGAUCUGAGCAGCCAGCAAAAAGAAGUGUACAAAGCUGUUAUUACCAAUAAUUAUCAAGUCUUGACAAAGAAACGAGGUGCUAAAAUAUCUAACGUGCUAAUGGAAUUACGCAAAAUUUGCUCUCAUCCGUAUCUGUUAAAAGACGUUGAGCCAAGACUUGAAGACGCAAAUGAAGCUUUUACAAAACUCUUGGAAGCUUCUGGAAAGUUGCAAUUGUUAGACAAAAUGAUGGUCAAACUCAAAGAGCAGGGGCACAGAGUGCUAAUCUAUUCACAAUUCCAACUCACGCUUGACCUUUUCGAAGAUUACUGCAGUUUCAAGAGUUGGAAUUAUGAACGGAUUGAUGGAAAGGUCGGUGGAGCUGAGAGGCAAGCACGCAUAGAUCGGUUUAAUGCAGAAAACUCUAACCGGUUCUGUUUUUUGCUCACUACAAGAGCUGGUGGAAUAGGAAUAAACCUUGCAACAGCUGAUACAGUCAUCAUUUAUGACAGUGAUUGGAAUCCUCAUGCUGAUCUCCAGGCUAUGGCUAGAGCUCAUCGUCUUGGCCAAACAAAUAAGGUCAUGAUUUACCGGCUGAUUCACCGAGGUACGGUGGAAGAACGGAUAGUGGAGAUUACUAAGAAGAAGAUGCUUCUAGAGCAUCUCGUAGUGGGGAAUAUGGAAAACCCAAAUCUUCGGCAGGACGAGUUAGAUGACAUCAUCAAAUAUGGUUCUAAGGAGCUUUUCUCUGAAGAGAAUGAUGAAGCAGGGAAGUCUGGAAAAAUCCAUUAUGAUGAUGCUGCUAUUGAAAAGUUGCUUGACCGUGAUCAUGUAGAUGCUAAGGAGGUCUCACUGGAUGAUGAGGAGGAUAAUGGUUUCUUAAAGAAUUUCAAGGUGGCCACUUUUAAGUAUAUAGAUGACAAUGAGGCUGCAGCAUCAGAGGAGGCACAAGCUAUAGAAAACAAAUCUUCAGAUAGAACAAGUCAUUGGAAAGAGUUGCUAAAAGACAAAUAUGAAGUGCAACAAGCCGAGGAGCUCAAUGCUCUUGGAAAGAGGAAGCGAAAUGGCAAGCAGGUGAUGUAUGCUGAAGAAGAUGAUCUUGAUGGUUUAGAAGGGAACUCUGAUGAGAAGGAGGAUGAUUAUCUUGAUGAUUUAGAAGUGAUCUCUGAUGAGAAGGAGGAAGCAGAUGACGCCGAGCCAACUGUUGUUAAAGCAGCUCGACAGAGAAAGCCGAGGACGGUUACAAAGCCUUACAGAAAAAGGAAUCGCGGCGAAGGGAAAUCUUUCGAGGUGCUAGGUUUUAACAGGGCUGAAAGGGAAAUCUUUUUACGUACGUUUAAGAGGUAUGGAGCUGGAGACUUUGAUUGGAAGGAGUUUAUUCAUCCCUUACAUAUGAAGACCUUUGACGAGAUAAAUAAGUAUGGAAUAUUGUUUUUGCAACACAUUGCCGAAAACUCUAACAAUAAUUCUACAACUUUCUCAGAUGGAGUUCCGAAAGAAGGGAUAAGAAGUGACGAGCUACUAAUGAGCAUGACUUUUAUGAUGCUAUUAAAGGAGAAGUGUCAAUUUUUGGAGGACCAUCCGACAGCACCCGUUUUCCGUGACUACAGCAUCAGAAAGUACAAUUUGAGAAGUGGAGCAUUUUCUAAGGAAGAACAUGAUAGGAUAUUGAUUCCUGCUGUUGCCAAGCAUGGAUAUGGAAACUGGACGGCCAUCGUUGAAGACGAAGAGAUAGGGUUCCAAGAGGUUGCCUGCAAAGACCUGAAUAUCCCUUUACCUUACACAAAUGCUGAAAAUUCUCUUAAAAGAAUUCGCGACCAUGUGGGAAAACGGUUUAAGAAGAUGGAGGAUGCGAUCAAGUAUGAGUACACAGAAAAUGUACAUAAGGAACAAGCAGAAGCUAGAAGAAAGGUGAUCGAUACAGCGGGACCGAGCUUUGUAGCUGCAGACAAAGAAAUGCUUGAUGAACUGCCUAAGAAUGAUCCCAUCAUUUCAGAAGAAAUUUCUGCAGCUGCCGUAAACAACAAGCAAACUAGGGUUGAAGUGGCUCAACCAUACAAUCAGAGUGUUAAUUAUGUGAACUCAGGGAUGUCAUUCGAGACAUAUUUAAAUAUUCAACCGCUGACUCGAAUGCUGAGGGAGAGCGUUAUACCUCUGAAACGUAUCAAUGAAAGAAUAAGUAGGAGCUUAAGCGCCGGGACAGAUCAAGAUGUUGAGAUGAAGGACUUGGUUGAAGAACGAAGCAUUGUGAAGGAAGAUGAUGUUAAGAUGGAUGCAGCGGAUAACGUCAUUGUGUUGGAUUGAUUCAUACAUCAAGCAUCAUUGUUACUUCUUUCAUUACUGUUUGGGAGUUGGCUGAAUUUUAAUUACUUUUCUCAAUUUAGCAGAGAUGGGCUAAAUUAAGUUACCUUUUACUGAAUUUGUUUGCAUAUUUAUCUUGGAACAACCUAAUAUAAUUGCUAUCAGUUC